UUUUAUGUAUGGAGAGCUGACGGACAAGAAGACAAUAGACAAAGUCAGAGAGACCUUUGAUAAUUAUGAGUCCAACUGCUUUGAGGUCCUGCUAUACAGGAAGAACAGUGAGUGUUCACAUUUAAUUGUUCACAUUAUAUAUGUAUUGUAUACUAUAUUGUAUUGUAUAAAUAAACAAAAUGCACCUUAUGAGAAAAGCAACUGUUACUCCUACAUUGUAAAGAAUCCAUUCUGUCUGCAGGGGCGCCAGUGUGGUUCUAUAUGCAGGUGGCCCCCAUCAGGAAUGAGAAUGACAAAGUGGUUCUCUUCCUGUGCACCUUCAAAGACAUCACUGUCUUCAAGCAGCCCAUCGAGGACGAGUCCACUAAGGGUAAGGACGAGUCCACU